AUGAAAUUUUAUCAGCUAUUCAAUAAGCUUAGAGUUAUAUGCUCAUGUUUCAAAGACAGAAACUCCCAACACUCCAAAACCCCCUUCUCAAAUCUCUCCGCUAAAUCUGGAAAACUUGAUGAUGCUCUUCGCUUAAUCGAAUCCUGGCCGUCCAAGUUUCAGGCCACUGAAUCAGACGACGAGGCGUACUCCUCUGCUUGUUCAGAUCAAGUCUUGAAGGUAUUUGAAGGAAUGCCUCAACGAAAUGUUGUUUCCUGGAACACUUUGAUUGCAGGUUUUAUUCGUCAAGAUCAAAUUUUUUAUUCACUGCAUACUUUUAGGAGGAUGCAAACUGAAGGAAUGGGGUUUAGUUGGGUUCCCAGUUUGUAGUCGAGUGUGACUGCGCUUCACUGCGGCAAAGAAAUACAUGCCCCUCAGAUUUUAAAGUCAACGAAUAGACCCGACAGUUUUGUACUUAACUCACCUAUGGAUAUGUAUGCAAAAUGCGGAGCAAUUGAUUACUGUAGAAGAGUGUUUUGUAAGAUGCAGAGUAAGGAUUUGACAUCUUGUAAAACCAUGCUCACAGGGUAUGCAGUCAAUGGGUUCAUGGAAGAAGCAAUGAAAUUUUUUGAUGAGAUGGUCAAGUCUGACAUCAAACCACAUGCCAUAACCUUUACUACUUUGUUGUCUGGUUGUAGCCAUGCAAGUCUUACUGCUGAGGGACAGAUUUUUGGUAAGAUGAAGCUGGAUUAUGGGAUAUCACCAACUCUUGAGCAUUAUAUGUGUCUGAUAGACAUUUUGUGUGGAGCUGGUAGAAUCAAGGAAGCAUUGCGACUAGUAGGCAUGCCUAUGAAGCCGAAGAUUACCAUAUGGUGAUCGUUACAACUCAACUCAUGUCAGCUCCAUGGCAACGUUUCUCUUGGGAAGCUCAUUGCAGAGCCGUUAUUUGAACUUGAAUUUAAUAAUUCUAGAAAUUAUAUUUUGCUCCCUUACAUUUAUGCAAAUGCAGAGAUGUGGGAGGGUGUGAAUAUGGUAAGACACAUGAUGGAGAAAAGGGAAAUCAACAAAGAGGCUGGAUGUAGUUGGACACAAAUAAGAAACAGAAUUCACACAUUUGUGGCAGGUGGUGGUUUUGAACUCCAUAAUUCACCUAAUUUUGAGAAGGCAUGGAGUGAAUUAAUGGAAGCUACAAAAGACAAUGUAUACAUUCCAGACACAAGUGUUGUGCUUCAUGAUGUAAAUGCAGAACGAAAAACAUCAUGGAUAUGCAGGCAUAGUGAGCAACUUGCAACUACUUUUGCACUGCCGAUGAAAUGUGUAAGGAUUAGAAAGAAUCUUCAUGUUUGUGCAGAUUGCCAUACUUGACUGAAACAUGUUUCCAGGAUAACCGGUAGGUUGAUUGUCUUGAGAGAUACAAAUCGAUUCCAUGAUUGAAAUGGAGAAGCACACUCUUGUAAGGACUACUGGUUAUAACACAUAAGAAUCAAAUUGCUAUAACGGAGCUAUAUUCGAAAUGGAUGAUUAUGUUGUUUUGUUUUCUUAUCAAGCAGUUUUACAUCAAAAGGGAUGCUUGCAUCUGGAACUGAAGUAGUUGCACACCCAGUAACCAAAUUCCUUACAUACAGAAUUGCUUCUGUUGUUGGCACUGAGCUGACAUUAUGUGUCUAUCUUUGAUCUGUGUGCCAAAGACACCAAAGUCUUUUCUCAAGAAUUGUUGAGCAGUGUGACCCCAAACACCACUAAUGAGACAGUCUACUCCGGAGCCAUCAUGGGUCCUGUUGCAAAUAGAAUUGCGAAUGCAGAAUUUAAAUGGUGCCCUCUACAAAGUAGUGGCUAAUGAAGGAAAGAACAUGCUACCUGAUUUACAUAUUUUUACUCAUUCAUUUCCUUUCUGUCUUUUUUUGUUAAAUAAUUCUCCUUUGUAAUCUGAAUUUGAUUGCGCUAUAAUAUCUACUUUUUGCUUUCAUUAUGCCAUAAUGUCUAUACUUUGUUU